CACUUACAUGUAUCUUAAUGGUGGAAUCACAUGUACAGAGACGGCAAUAAAUACCUUUGACAAACACAUCAAUCAUGCAAUGAUAAAUAUGUGAAAUCAUGGACAGAGAAGACCGUAGACGAUUCUUUGUCAUUGGGUCUGUGUUUCUCGAAGUUGUAACUCCUGUGUUUAGACGACAAAUAGAGAACAACUAUAACAAAGCUGGAUUUAGUUGCCUAGCAGAUUUCCUAAACAACCAACCUGUAGUCCAUACCUUGUUCCAUUUAAAUCACAGAUAUACAUGGUAUUGUUGUGUAGAUAGUCCAAACUGUAUAGCCAGACAACAACUUCCACUGUACAACUAUCAAUGGAACCUGUUGUAUACAGAGAAUCCUGGACCAGGUCAACACCACUGUCAUUGUAAAUAUACAGCUAAACCUGUCAAACUCGAUGACCUUGAUAUCACCUUGAUGGGACUUAUCCUUGUCAACUGCUUAACCCUAGGACCAGCCGAGGGACAGGCAGUCAGGGCUCUCAGGCAAUUCAAGAAUGAUUAUCUUAGCCAUAGCACAAACUGUGGUAUAACGGAGCCAAAAUACAAUUCCCUGUGGCCAGAUCUGUCGUAUCAUGUCAUUCAACUUGACCCAAACAUACAACGUAGUGACCUUGAGGAUAUUAAGAACAGGCCACUUGAUGAGCAACUGUGCACACAAUACUUCAUACACCUUGUAGAUGUCAACAAGAGAUUUAAGGAGGUUGAUGAUUCCCUACAAAAGAUGCAUACUUCUGUACAUGGGAUAAAUACAACUUUGCAAGGAAUAGGUUGGAAUCUUCAUGGCAUGGAUCGAUCAGUACAAAUGGUAACCACUACCCUACAAGGUCUAGAAAGAUCAGUUCAAGGAGGAAAUACUACCCUACAGGGCAUAGAAAGAUCAGUAGAAGAAGGUAACACUACCCUACAAGGUCUAGAAAGAUCAGUUCAAGGAGGAAAUACUACCCUACAGGGCAUAGAAAGAUCAGUAGAAGAAGGUAACACUACCCUACAGGGCAUAGAAAGAUCCGUAGAAGAAGGUAACACUACCCUAUUAGGUCUAGAAAGAUCAGUUCAAGGAGGAAAUAAUAUCCUACAGGGCAUAGAAAGAUCAGUAGAAGAAGGUAACACUACCCUACAAGGUCUAGAAAGAUCAGUUCAAGGAGGAAAUACUACCCUACAAGGUCUAGAAAGAUCAGUUCAAGGAGGAAAUACUACCCUACAGGGCAUAGAAAGAUCAGUAGAAGAAGGUAACACUACCCUUCAAGGUCUAGACAGAUCAGUUCAAGGAGGUAACACUACCCUACAGGGCAUAGAAAGAUCAGUAGAAGAAGGUAACACUACCCUACAGGGCAUAGAAAGAUCAGUUCAAGGAGGAAAUACUACCCUACAGGGCAUAGAAAGAUCAGUAGAAGAAGGUAACACUACCCUACAAGGUCUAGAAAGAUCAGUUCAAGGAGGAAAUACUACCCUACAGGGCAUAGAAAGAUCAGUAGAAGAAGGUAACACUACCCUACAAGGUCUAGAAAGAUCAGUUCAAGGAGGAAAUACUACCCUACAGGGCAUAGAAAGAUCAGUAGAAGAAGGUAACACUACCCUACAGGGCAUAGAAAGAUCCGUAGAAGAAGGUAACACUACCCUAUUAGGUCUAGAAAGAUCAGUUCAAGGAGGAAAUAAUAUCCUACAGGGCAUAGAAAGAUCAGUAGAAGAAGGUAACACUACCCUACAAGGUCUAGAAAGAUCAGUUCAAGGAGGAAAUACUACCCUACAAGGUCUAGAAAGAUCAGUUCAAGGAGGAAAUACUACCCUACAGGGCAUAGAAAGAUCAGUAGAAGAAGGUAACACUACCCUACAAGGUCUAGACAGAUCAGUUCAAGGAGGUAACACUACCCUACAGGGCAUAGAAAGAUCGGUAGAAGAAGGUAACACUACCCUACAGGGCAUAGAAAGAUCAGUUCAAGGAGGAAAUACUACCCUACAGGGCAUAGAAAGAUCAAUACAAGGAGGACAAUCGACCCUACAAGAAAUGAACUCAUCUAUCCAGACAAUACAUACAGCUGUACAGAGAAUACCUGUGAUGGAUGAUGCAAUACAGAAACUUGUCUACUAUGCAAAAACUGGAGAAACUUCUACAAGUCAAAGACAAAAUCCUGAUAUUCAAAGUCAAGAAAGAAAUUCUUAUAAACUAGGACAAGACAUCUUCUAUCAGAUUCAUCAAUUUUCUACAGUAUCAGCCAGUACAAUCAUUACAUUUAACAAAGCUGUGAUAACUAAUGAUGGGCAUGUGGCCUUUAUCCAAAAACCUAACUGUUCAAUCUUAAUUUAUAAAACAGAUGGUUCACAUGUUGGUACAAUACAACAACAGAGUCAGCCAUGGGAUAUAACUGUAGUUAACAACUCUACAGUAGCUGUUGUACUGCCUCAAUGUUAUCAUAUAGACAUAAGGGACAUAAACAAUAAACAGAAAGUAAAAUCAAUACAAUUAUCUACAAAGUGUUAUUGCAUCACAACGAUCAACAACAAGUUAGUAGUAGGCUAUAAAGGAAGAUUGUUGAUCAUAGAUCCUAUAACAGAAAUGGUGGAGAAGACUAUCGAUACAGGUACAUGUGAGGCUUGUAGACUGUGUGGUUCUGGUGAUGAUAUAUUUUACACAGAUGGAUUUGGUCAAUAUUUGAACCAUUACAGUCACUCUAACAGCAAGAUUUCCAAAAUCAAGUUAACAUCAGAUGUAUCUUAUAUGACCACACUUCAAGAUGGCAGUUUGUACGUGAUAUGUGAGCAUGAAUCAGUACAACAUGUGUCAUCUGAUGGAAAGGAGUGCCAACAAGUUACCACAAAGGGACUGACAUCGCUGGAAUGGGUAACUGGUAUAAGUUAUAAUCCAGAACAAAAGAAACUGAUUAUUACACAAAAUGACUCAAUUACGGUGUUUAGUGAAUACUAAGAAAUCACUUAUCUGAAUGCAAUUAAAUAAAAUUAUGUUACAUAUUUAUAUACAUGUUGUAAGAUCUUGAAAAAAAUGUUAAGCAAUUGUGAGAUCAUUAUUACAUUUCAUGUCAGUUUUGACAGAAAUAAUUGAAAGGUAAUUACAUUGAAAUACUCAAAAGAAUCAAAGACAAACAAAGUUUACAAAAUUCCUUGAAUACCAAUGACCAAAUUUCUGGUUUGAGAAAAACAGAUCACCAUGGGACAGGCUUUAAUGGAUAUAAAGGACUGAUUUUGCUUUCAAUGAUAAAAUGUAUGAAAGUAUGUCAAGUACCCAUAAUGGAGAAAACAAUCCUGCUGUAAUUGUUUUAAUGUUCGAUAGUGAAUUCAGCAUAACCUAGCUUCUUUAUAAAAUAGUAGCAAUUCAGGAAUUCAAACGUUCAAACAAAAACACAAAAGAUGAUAUACUUAGUAUUAAAAUAAGUAUUUUGUUAAGCUCCAGUCACAAUGUCACGUUUUAUUACGUUAUAAAAUGCUACGUUUCAACUACGUUUUGAAUAAAAAUGUCCCAUUAUUUUGAAAGUUUUGUUUUACUAGGUUUGUACUAUGUUUUUACGGAAAAUCGAAUAUCGAAUAACGAACCGGCUGCUCACUUCACAUACAUUGUUUUUACCACGUUUUAUUACGUAUUAUCACGUGUAGACCCGCGUUUCCACCAGACAUUUUAAAUACGUUUCGAUACGUAGUAAUCACGUUUUGUUACGUUCUGCUAAGCUUUGAUACUAUGUACUAGGUUUCUUCCACGUUUCAAUUUUCGCUACGUUUGUUAUGGAAUUGUCAAAAGAUACGGGGCAAAUCCCGUUUUAAACAAAGGAUCAGGUAGUAAAAUGUAGCUCUUGAAACGUGACCGUGUG